AUGAGGGUGGUGGUGGUGCAGAUACGACGCCCGGUCGACAAGCCGGACAAGCCCACGACGAAGUCAAGUAACAAGAAGCAAGUCCCACCGGCGUCGGCUCAGAAGUUGCAAGUACCAUCAACGUCUGCAACUGAGAAAGUACCGCCAACGUCGAUGUUCGAGUUCACGGAAGUGACAUCUCCACGGACCAACAACUACUUUGCCAAGAUCUUGUGGCCCAAAGCGCAGUUCUUCGAGUUCCAGUUCAAAGGCAUGGAUCUAUCCCAGCCAGAGGACAAGUUGAAGUUUUGCAACUUCCUGACCAACAUGCAGGACACACCCGUGCCGUUUGUGCGAUACAGGCUCAAGUUUCUGACGUACUCACAGAGUCACAUUGCAGACAACAACCGCGCAUGCUUUGCAGCAAGCAAGCAGAGCGUGUACAACGUUCACUCGGCGUCCAAUCUGAAUCGACUCCCCCUUUCAAAGCAAGCCAAGUACAGUAAAUUGCUGUUUACCCAGUACGACGAACCCAUCCGCAAAUUGGCCAACGUGGUUGUGGAAGUGGUAGCUGACGUCACGCGCAACAACUUUACAUUCACGGACGGCUGCGGAACGAUUUCACUAGACCUCAUGGUGGAACUCAUGGAGUCGCAUCUCAGUGGUGGGGACUACACGAAUGUGUGUGCAGUGCAGUGUCGCCUCCCUGGGAUCAAGGGCGUGCUUGUCGUGGACGCAACAUCCCCGGCGCGCACAUUACGGCUUCGACCGUCCAUGGUGAAACUGGACGUUCUAUCACUCUUGCAGCACUCCAAGCUCCGCGAAACCAGCUCGGCCACGCUGUUCCCGCUCUUGCCCAUCGUCGUGCUCAAGACCAACGAGUCAACCGCUGAUCAUUGCGGGUAUUUGAACGACCAAAUCAUUGCCCUUCUCCUGCAACGCGGCGUACCUGCCUCCGAAUUCGAGACCCGCACCCAAAACUACAUCGACAGCGUCAAGUACAUGGGGUUGGACUGCCGAUAUGCUCUGCAAUGCUACCAAUUUCGUGGCCUGGACGACUCGCUUUUACGCACGAAAUGCACGCAACUGGCGGCAUCGUCCCCCACCCAACAGAUCAAAGCAGUGCACCGCGACGUGCUGCAAGUCCAAGCGUCGGCCAUGGCGAGUUUGCGAGUACCAUCAUCGUCGACCAAAAAGAAGGAACGCCUCAAGAUCCCUGUGGCCAAGUCUCGGCUGCUCCUGGGGGUGUGCGACUACACCAACACCCUUGGUCCAGGCGAGUGUUUCGUGCAAUUGAACGAGUCUGGGGGUGAUUUGGUACUGCUCGUCGGCAACGUGGCUGUGACCCGCAACCCUUGCUACCACCCCGGGGACAUCCGAGUCCUCCGCGCCGUGGGUCAGUGUGCAGCCCUUGACCAUCUCGUCAACGUCGUCGUGUUCUCUGUGCAAGGUUCCCGACCGGCUGCCGACGAAAUGGCUGGCGGGGACCUCGACGGCGACAUCUUUUUCGUGCUGUGGGACGGCCAUCUGCUCCCGUCCCCAGGCUCGCACCCUUCGGUCGCAUUUGAUUAUACUGAAGCUUCCGUGAAGGGGCUUAUCCAACAGUGGGCGACGAAGGCCAUGCUAGGUCCGCCACCGUUCAAACCCGCAAAACAACCAAAGAAGAACACUUAUGUGACCAUGCAGCAUGUCGUCGACUACCUCGUCCUCGGCGCCUCGACUGGUCGACUCGUGGGUCGCAUCGAUGCACUUUUGCUGCAGCUGCAGGCGCUGCCGCCCUCUUCAAGUCGUACAGAGUGGACAAACCUCCUGAACGCCAUGUUUGUGUGUGGGAUCGAUCAACUCAGCGACGUCGUGGAUGUGGACUCGAUGUUGCGCUCCAUCGAACGUAACAUCAGUCGACACGGGGCUGCUUCACAAUCUGCUCCGUCGGCGCCGCACGGUGUAGGCCCGCUCCUGGCAUACAUUCGGUCGCUGGAGACGAUGGAAAAGCCGCCACCGGCGCUGGCGCUGACCAUGUUUACGUCAUCAGUGGCCAAAAUCGACCUCGCCGUCGACGCCCGGGACUUUCAAAACCUCACGCAGUUGUACUUGUGGGCCGUGCUGGACGUGCUCUCGGACGUGGAGCGCCAAGUUCUCAAGGAAUCGACCAUCCCAGAUGUGUUUGCCGCGCAGUUCCAACCCAAACUGGUGCGCAAGGUCGUUGCGUUACUCGACCGUGAAAAACAGACCCUUCGACGCACCCACGACGUGUUGUGUAAGCGGGAGGACACACGGGCGCUGACUCGCAUUCGUACGUUGAGAUCCGACUUGGACGUCAAAACACUGAAAGCGAGGCAGUUCAAGGAUGCUUCUUGGAGCCCAAAGAACGACGAACGACGGGCAUGUGCUCGACGGUUGCAAGAAAUGCGAGCGCACGUCGCUCGGCUUGUGAACGCGGCAGACAUUGCAAACACGCAGCAAACGGGCUUCUUUACGGGCUUCAUUUCGUGGUUGUGGGGGUCGCCACCGCCUCGUAUGCCGACGGAAGCGGAAAAGAACCAGGCCCAAGCUCACAUCCAAGCGAUGACUAAUCAGGUCGUGCAAUUGCAAUUGAAUUUGAAGCAGAUCGAAGCCGACGUCGAGACACUUCACCGUGGCGCGACGGCGUUGGCGUUGGAGGCGCAGCAUACCGGUGCCUUGCUGAUGCAGGAAAUGGCCAACUUCACGCCCGCCAAGGAAGAGGACCUGCUCGAGUUCAUGCGGGCGUUCCAGGACCAGAUGGCCAUGCGCGAUCAGUUCGUGCACGUGUGUACGACGCUGUCGGCGGCGGCGGCGUCCACCAACUUGGCGCUGCUGAACGAAUGCUUGGUGGCCGAAGUGCACAUGUUUCAAACCAAGCUCCCAGUGUACAACCACCGCGCGUCGCUCGUGUCGCAUCUCCAACGUCCUUCGUCCAUGCUGCUGCUGGUCGUGUCUGAAACGGGCAGUGGCAAGUCGACGUGUCUGCCUCAGUUUUACCUGACGGAAUACAUCGCUCGAGGCAUGGUGACUGCCGCCAAGCGCUUUUGUGUGGUGGUGCCACGACGAGCUGCCGCCAAGAACUUGGCCAAGUUCAUGGCGAGCAUGCGAAACGCGGCGGUGGGGGGAGGAACCGUGGGGUACCACGUCGGCACGCACAAUGCGGCCAAGUCGGAUCGAAACGUGCACAGGACGAGGACGCUGCUGGAAUGCGUGAGCGGCGGCAUCAUUCUGGGCAAGUCCAUCUCGGACCCGUGGUUUGGUCAGUUUUCAGUGAUUUUCGUGGACGAAGUGCACGAAGAGUCGGCGGAUUUGUACUUGCUGCUGGGCAAACUCAAAGCCGCGAGAACACACCACCCCGCGCUAAAGAUUGUGUUUAUGUCUGCCAAAGUGGACGAAAAGCGGCUCGUGGAGUUCUUUGGAGCCAACGACAUGCCCGUGGAGACGAUCCAGGGGCGGCAGCAUCCGGUCACGUCGGUGCAUUAUCCGUCCGAUGUGGACUACAUGUCCCAAGUGAUUCGCACCGUGGUCAACCUGCACAUGACGAAACCCGUGCACGAGUUCCCAGACGUGCUUGUGUUUCUCCCUCGCAUUACAGACAUUGAAGAGGCCGUGGCGCGCAUCGACCAAGAGGUGAAGGCGGGUAGAAUCAAGAACCUGGUGCCGUUGCCGCUGCACGGUCGGGUCGACGACGCAGCCAAAGAUAUCGUGUUGAAACGCAAUGUCCAUCACGACAUUGCCGAGGCCCCAGAAGCCCCCUCCGGCACCGCCACCCCCCCAUGUCGUCGUCGAGUGAUCUUUGCCACGAAUAUCGCCGAAGCGUCGUUGACCAUCCCGGGCGUGGGGUACGUAGUGGACUCUGGGUUGGAAGUGGUGGUGUCCCGCAAUGUCUUCUGCGGGGCCACGGUGCACUCGGUGGGAUUUAUUGCACGAACGUCCGUGGUGCAGCGAAUGGGUCGGUGUGGCCGAGAAGGACCUGGCGAAUGCACGCAUUUGUACUCGGAAGACCAGCAGGCCCUAUUCGCGCAAACCAAGAAGGCCAGCUACUCGGAUCUGGAGCACAUUGUGCUGCGGUUGGUGGCCAGCGACACGAACCCGUUCGAGUUUGACUGGAUUGAGCAUCCAGGCAAGCCGCAACUGCGCUUUUGUGUCGACCAACUGGUCAGAUUUCGCAUGAUUGACACUACUUCAAGCCCGUGGAGAGUUACGUCCGUGGGCCAUCACGCGUUCAAACUGCUUCGACUAGGCUUGGACUUGAACGCGGUGCAGUUGUUGCUUGUCGCACGGGACAGCGAUCAUCGUUUCUGUGAUCGUGCUGGGAAUGCGCAAGAUGACGGCUCGGACAAGGCGGCGGUGGUUAUUGCAUGUGUCGAAUAUUCGUCGUUGUUUCGGCAGUGUGCGUUUGCCGACAUGGACGACAUAGAUUGGGACCGCCCGUCCAUUUGCGACAAUUUCGUCAAUUUGUUUGAGGAGUACCGCACCAGUGGCAGUAAAAAAGAGUGGGCCAAGCGGUGCAGCCUGCCACUGCACGCAUUUGCUUCGAUCGAUCGCCGACAAAAAGAGAUUUCAAAGCAAGUCCAUAGCUUGGGGAAUGCCGACAUGGUAGGGUCGUCGUCGUGUAGAUGGUCCUGGGCGCAGUGCGUUGCCGCCGCAUACCCCCACACCCACCUCAAAUUGGCCGGGUUCAACUACAUUGGUCCAGAGUUCGUCAUGGAGCAGAGUCCUGGCGAAGGCAUGAGCGACAAGUCCAUUCGACUUAGCCGUGACGAACUCAGUCGACAGCGUCUGCAGUGGAGUGCCGGCAAAACGUACGUGGCACUGCAAGUGAGUUGUCACGCUCACAAUCCGUCGACGCUGUUUGCGAGCUUUGUCGAGGAAAUCGACGACAAAUCGGGGGCGUUCUAA